CGAACCGAGCGGACAUAUAGAGUCCGGUUUCUAAUAACUAGCGGAAAUGGUGACGAUAAGCCCAUAUCCAGAACAAGGACAUUAACUGAACUAAAGAUAUUAACUAAAAUCUACGAACUAGCACUAGGCUUAUAUAUCUUAUAUAUGCUAAAAGAAAAGUUCACUUUUGAUUUCUGUCAUUUCUAACAUGAACAUAAAAUAUGAACUAAUUCCAACGGAUGAGGAUCUGCCGAGUAAAAAGAAACCACAAAAAUGGCUGGCUAAAAUAGGCCUUAUAAGUGUGGUGCUCCUUAUUUUAGCUUUAUAUACUCUGAGUACAGCGCAGCAUCAGCACGAGAGCAGCACAGUGGUUUUUCCAAGUGAUAAGAGUCCUUGGGAGCCCUCGAUUGAAACAAGUACAGUCAAUACACCAAGUCCCUUGGAUACUGUAUAUGACACCAGUACUCUUAGUUCUCUUAAAGUGACAGGUCCUUACAGUGAUUCAUUCUUUAGUGCCUUAACAGAGCCUGUAAGCGGAAAUGGAGUUUCCACAGAAGAGCAAACCGAGAAGAGUACAAAAGUCCUUGUGGAGAAUUUUACAGAAACUAGCACUCUCUCACAGGAUACUGAAGAACUAACCACAUCUACCUCAUAUGCAUUGGAAACUGAAUCUGGAGUGAAAUACUUCGUCAAUAGCCCCCAAUGCCAAAUGGGCCAUCCGAAUGCCUUCGCCAGGAACAUUCUCAGUAUCUACAGGAGACAUCACUAUAUAGUGUGUGAUGGGAGCCGCGACAUGAUCACAGUGAACUUCAACGAAACGGACAGCACCUACAGGCUGCACCAGAACGAGAACAGCACCUGCUGCUUCAAACAGAUCCUUCGAGCUGGAGUUUCCACCAAGGCGGACCACCAGUACAAGCUUGGUCCGUGUGUGAAGUUCCAGCAGGACUUUCUAGUUCCAACUGAAGUGACGGCCAUGAUCACCUAUUGCCGCCGGCCUCCGUUUGAUAAAGUGUCGCAAAAGGAUGCCUUUAGCUUUGUGCAUCCCCAAAGGGAUUUCAUCAGUGAUCCAACUUCGGACAAAAGGCCUAGUGUUUUGCUCUGGGGCAUCGAUUCUAUUUCCAGGAUGAACCUUGAGCUGACGAUGCCCAGGAUGUACGAGUACUUAAACGCGCAACACUGGUUCGAGCUUCAGGGCUACAACAAGAUGGGCGACAACACCUUUCCAAAUCUGAUGGCGAUCCUCACGGGAUUUAACAAAACCUAUGCCAACGAACAGUGCCAACCUGAUAAGGUGGGUGGCCUGGACGCCUGCCCGAUCAUUUGGAGGGAGUUCAAGGCCAAGGGCUACACCACUGGCUUCGCCGAGGACUGGAGCGCCUACUCCACCUUUGACUAUUCCAGCAGGGGUUUCCUCCAUCCGCCCACGGACGUGUACGGCAGACCCCUGAUCCUGGCUGUGGAGAAGGAGCUGAAGAUGAGGCUCGAGAGUCAACUGCCCUACUGCCUGGGACGCAAGCCCUCUUCCGAAUACAUCUACGACCUGGCCGUCCAGUUUGCCAGGGUCAACAGAAAUCGCACAUUUUUCGGCAUGUUCUGGACCAACACCUUCAGCCACAAUGACUUCUCCAUGCCCUCCGCCAUGGACGAGAAGAUGGUGAAGUACAUGCGGACGUUGGACAAAAACGGCCUGAUGGAUAACACCAUCAUCAUCUUCUUCAGCGAUCAUGGAUCAAGAUUUGGACCACUGAGGCAGUUGGACAGCGGUUUCGUGGAGGAACGACUGCCCUUCAUCUAUAUCCGAGUGCCGCGUUGGAUUCGCGAGAAGUAUCCGAAGCUACUGCACAACCUGCAGGUGAACAGGAAUCGCCUUACAUCCCCAUAUGAUAUCCAUGCCACCCUGCGACAUAUCCUAGAGUUGAACACUCCGCCGGAGGGACUUCCCCGACCCGAGGGCUGUCCCACAUGCCACAGCGUCUUUGAGGAGAUGGACUGGUCCAGAAACUGCUCCCAGGCGGGGAUUGCGGACCACUGGUGCGCCUGUGAUACCUUCUCCAAGAUACCCACGACGGAACCCAGUGCCAGGAGUAUGUCCACUCAGCUGGUGGAGGCCAUCAACAGGUUUAUGGCUGGCAUAAGGGGAGCGGAACGAUGCCGUCGGCUGAAAGUAGACCGAAUAUCCUCGGUGCAGCGGAGGGGAAACUCGGAUCAGUACCUCAUCCAGCUCACUGUCCAGCCUGGAAGCGCCAUCUUCGAGGCCACGGUUAAGUGGGAUGCAAGUGCCGGUAUGAUCUCCAUCCGGGUGCCCAGCAUCAGCCGCCUGGACUCUUACUUCGCGAUGUCCCACUGCUCCUCGGUUAAGGAGACCAAAAAGUUCUGCAUCUGCUGAGUUCUAGAUCGGAACUCUGGGCAGCCGCAAGACCGCACAAAAAAAGGACUCGUUACUCUAAUCUGUCGGAUCUCGGGGCCUUUGUUCUUGGAUGGUACGGAAGCCUAUCACUAGGGUUGAUCUUUCGGAUGAUGGUUAGUUGCUGGCAACUAUUUUGGCAAGCGUAAUUGCGGCCAACCGAUUGUGCGAAUGGAAAAUUAGUUGACAAUUACAUGACAAUUGGCAGAUACUCGGGUAAUUGCCUUGUGAUUAGUAAAAGAUACCAGCACAAAUUAAUUUUAAUCUCAGCAAAUAUUUCUGUUAGCUGGUCUAAGCUGGAGGUUAAGAAAUAUAAGAUAUAUAUAUGUACAUUAUGUAUUUAACGAAUUUGUACUGCCAAGUUAGCACUUAAACAUUGUAAUUAUUUUCUAUAGUUAAUUGAAGGUUUCAUUCUAUACCACAAAGCGGUAGUGAUAUAAUGCUUAUAAAAUUGUAUGUGUAAUAAAUAGAGAUUUUAAAAAACAUGCUUCAGAAAACUUGUAAUUUGAGUACCAAGAAAGGACAAACAUAAAUAUCAUUUUUUUUUUAAAAGGGACACUUUUUACUCAUUAAGUUGUAAUUAUUGUAGUAGUGUCUCAAUCUAGUGUAAAUUACAAUAUCUGUCUUUUCUUCAUUUAGCUAACGAUAUGUGUCAGUUCGCUGGAAGUGCUGAUACCUCCCCUCUUUUUAUGUAAAUCUGUAAAUAGCCCCACCUUCUGUGGUUUUAUGUAUGUCUGAUAAAGAAUAAAGAACUUAAUCAGCUAUACGUUUGUAAAUAUUUAAAGACUUCUAGUUAGUUCUUGCGUGUCUUUAAAGGUCUCGCUAUCUUUUCUAAAGUUGUAUCAUUUAUUAUCACUCUUGCAAUAAAGCUGCGGGAAUCACCAUUCCCAUGAGAAAUAAAACCAUGAAGUAGUCUUACUUUAAAAUGAGCUAAUUGGUUAAAUUCAAGUGUGUAUUAAUAUAAUGUCAUUAACAAGCUUUCCUCUCUUGAAAAUUAUACGGUAUUCUAUUAUAUGUACGAGCCAUCCAAUGGUUAUUUCAAUUAACUAUGUAAUUGAUACUUUAAGAACUCAGCGAGGGUUGUCUCAAAACUCGUUUCGCAAAGGCAACUGUUAUGAAAACAAAUUUACGAAUCAAUCAAAACAUACGCGCAUCAAAAUAUAUCAGGCUCAACUUGUUUUCCCAUCGAAAGGGAUGGAAUGGAAUGGGAUCUGAUAGGAUGGGAGGGUUUGCGGGAAAACAUGGCAGCGGAUGAGAUGGGAAGGGAACCACCCUGUAUAACGCCAACGAUAGCCACAACAAAUCAAAAACUAUCAAAAUUAUGUUAGGCCCGGUUAAGCUGCAAAACACCGAAGAUCAAAUGUA